AUGAGUAUGUUCCCGGUGCGCGUUGUGGUAGAAUCAGUUCGACCACAACAUUGCCUCACUUGCGCACGUGAUGGUCACAUGCUUGUCGAUUCUUACGCAAUUGUCUCCGGUGCGACUUUGCUCAGUCAGCUGGUCGAUACGGUGCUUAGUGCUUUAGGCAUGCCACAAUUGGCCGUUAAUUCAAAAGAAUCUCCAGAUAAUGUAACACUCUUUACUCUAAAAUAUGUCUUAUUUCUUGCCAUUUUCUUUAAGCAACCCUAUAAACUAGGCUUAUCUGGUAUUAUCCCUAUUGCUCUUAAAUGCAAGCCAGAAAUUACAUCUCUUGGCUCCUGGCAGUUUGCUUUUGAAAAGGGACAAGAGGAUGAAGAAGAGAAAGAGAAGAAGAUGAAGGAAGAGAAGACGAUAGCUUCUAUAGAUUUAUGCAUUUUUCAAGGUGAGCCAGGCGAUUUCCGCGAUCUGAGAUGA